AUGCACUUAUCACAUCAGUUGGUAAUCAAUGAUCGAUCAGAAACAUUAUCAUUUGAAAGUGAAUUUAAUAGUAUUUGUUCAACUCUCUCAUCUGAUGAUGUACUUUUACUUAUUGUUAACGAGACUGGUCGAGGAUAUUUAUAUAAUGUCAAAUGUCGUAGAUUGAUUGGUAUUCAUCGUUUUGGACAUGAUGUGCGUACAAUCAAAUUUAGUCCUAAUUCCAAAUCUGUAGCUCUUUGUCGUAGUAAUCGAGAUGAAUUCUAUACUUGUCUCAGUACUGAUCAUCAAUUCAAUUUGUUUACAUUAAAAUUUAUUCUUCGUUCAUUUCAUGAUAAAACAACAUUUAUCAAUUGGAUAAGUGAUUUUCUUGUUUUGGCUGUUAUUAGUGCAGAUAGGAUAACUCAAAUAUUUAGUAUCUCUUUACUAGAUAAACUACAUCGAUUUAUAUUAGUUAGUCAUAUAAUGACAAUUUGUAAAAAUGCAAAAGUCAAUUAUUGGGCUGCUGCUAUGGAUUUAGCAUCUAUGGAAUCAAUACCAUAUAUACCUGAUGAAAAUGAUGAUCAAGAAAUUCCGACAUCAUUAAAUGGUCAUGUUGAUAGAAAUGAUGAUGAUGAUGAUAAUGAUAAUGAAGAAUUAGAUGAUGUUGUUGAACGAGAACGCAUUAAACUUUUAGCAAAAAGAAAAGGGUAAGAAUUAAUUCCCUGGUAUAAAAAUUUUAUUGGUGAAAUUAAAUUAUUAGAUAAUGAUUGUACACGUGAUUUUAUUAAUGGUGUUUGUGCUAAACUUGAUGAAAUAUCUAUUGAAAUAACUGAUUUACCAAUUCGUACUUGGAAACAACAAUAUAAAGAAAAUGUUCUUGAAGUAAUGCUUCAUCCAAAACGAAAUGAUAUUGCAUCAAGUAUUCUUGUUUAUACAGAAUAUCAUACUGAUACAACAGUUCGUUUUGUUGUUAAAUUAUUAGGAGCACAAUUAGGGAUAUUUAAUGAAUCUGGUUUUCAUAAAAGUUUUCGUUUACGAGAAACAUUAAAUUAA